UUCUACACUCAAAAAUUGAAGGAAGUUAAUGGCCAAGGUGUUGAUGGUGGGUGGUAGUUCACCGGAGCUGUCGCCGGAGGAAGAAAGACUGGUGAUGAGAGACAUUGCAAUGGCAGGCGAAGCUCAAACUAAGGAAGGAGAUACGUUUUGUUUGAUUACUCAAAGAUUGCCUCUUGGAUUGUUCUCUCUAGGCCUAAUGAAGACUGCAAGAAUUCAAGUACAGGGGAGUGAAGGCAUGACGGAGAUUUUGACAAAAGAUGUUAGUUUGACGGAGCUUUCGCCAGAGGAAGAAAAACGAGUGAUAUCAGGUUUUGCAUGGGAAGUCGAAGCUCAAGCCAAAGAAGGCGAUACCUAUCAUUUAAUUUCUUGGAGAUGGUGGCGAAUUUGGUCUGCAUUUGUGAAUCAUAACCCGGCAACUAGUACAAACGAGGGAUCAUCUUUGGAGUCAGGCGGCUCAAGAACUUUGAAGAGACCACCAAGCAUUGACAACUCCGAUUUGAUCUGUGAAUCAGCAUCUGAUAAUUCAACUAUUGAGAUCUAUGAUACAUUAGUGGAGGGCACUGAUUACAUAUUGGUCCCAGAAGAAAUCUGGAAUCAAUUUUAUGCAUGGUAUGGUGGUGGUCCUGCAUUGGCUCGAAAAGUUAUAACUCGUGGCUCAUCACAAACAGAAUUGACUGUAGAAGUUUAUCCUCUACGGCUUCAACUGCAUUUGAAAUCAGGGGCCGAUCAGCAUGCCAUAAGAAUGAGUAGAAAGGAAACGAUUGGAGAACUACACAGGAAGGCUUGUCAGAUCUUGGAUCUUAAUUCGGAUAAAGUACAUGUUUGGGAUUACUAUGGCUGUCGGAAACAUAUUUUGUUGAAUGACCUAGAUAAAACGCUUGAUGAUGCUAACAUACAGAUGGAUCAGGAUAUUCUAGUGGAAGUUAUUGAUCAUAGUGGUGGCUGCACAAGUGUUGUUCAAGAGAAUGGAUCUACAAAGAACGUCUCCAUAGCAGUUGUCGAGCCGGCUAGGAUGAACAAUUCAAUUGGGGAAGGGUCCUCUGCAGACAAGGUUGUGUCUAAAAGCUGCAAUUCAGAGUUGUCACAAUUUCAAAACUUGUCUUUUGCACCGAGAGAUUCAGACAGGACACCCACCUCUCUUGGUGUUAGUACAAGGGGUUCUUGUGUUGGUCUAAUUGGGUUGCUGAAUUUCGGAAACACCUGCUUCAUGAACAGUGCAAUACAGUGCCUUGUUCAUACACCUGAAUUUGCUAGAUAUUUCCGUGGAGAUUUCUAUCAAGAGAUAAACUGGCAUAACCCUUUAGGCAUGGAGGGUGAGCUAGCUAUAGCAUUUGGUGAGUUGCUUAGGUUGUUGUGGGCACCAGGCCGAGCUUCAUUUGCUCCUCGGACAUUUAAAGCAAAGCUUGCUCGCUUCGCACCGCAAUUUGGUGGACACAAUCAGCAUGAUUCUCAGGAACUUCUUGCAUUUUUGCUCGAUGGACUUCAUGAAGAUCUGAACCGUGUCAAACAGAAGCCUUAUAUCAACCCCAGAGAUGCUGAUGGUCGACCUGAUGAACAAGUCGCUGAUGAGUACUGGGCAAACCACAUUGCUCGUAAUGAUUCAAUAAUUGUGGAUGUCUGCCAAGGCCAGUACAAAUCAACUUUGAUCUGUCCUGUAUGUGAUAAGAUCUCGGUUACAUUUGAUCCGUUCAUGUAUCUCUCCUUGCCGCUUCAAUCCGCCACUCCUCGUACCAUGAUGGUGACGGUGUUUAGCUGUGAUGGGAGUGUGAUGCCUGCUACGUGCACAGUAACUGUACCAAAAGAAGGACGUUGCAGAGAUCUGAUCCAUGCACUUAGCAGAGUUUGUUCUUUAAAAGAAAAUGAAAAGAUUUUGCUUGCAGAGGUACAAGGCCACUUGAUUCGCCAGUUUCUGGAAGACCCUCUCAUGUCAUUAUCUGUCAUAAAAGAUGACGAUCGCCUUACUGCCUACAAGAUUCCGAAGUUAAUGACAAACACUAGAUAUCUCCAGUUGGUCCACCGCCGUGAAGGGCCGGAAACCAGCAAAGCUCGGAGCACAACGUGGAAACCUUAUGGAACACCACUCAUUUUUCCGGUUUCUAGUGAUGCAACCAUUACAAGAGGUGAUAUACAGCUGAUAGCUCACACAAUGCUCUCUCCCUUGCUCAAACAUCAGAAAUCCAAUACCAAUACAUCAUCAGUAGCAUCAAAUCCAUCUUCUGUCAACAAUGGUAACAGACCAUAUUCACCACCUAAGGAAAACAGUGAUUCGAUACUAAAACUUCCGCUAAAGUUGGUUGACGGAAACAACACCCUUAUUGAUAUUUCGGUUGGAGAAGAGAAAAUCAUAAGAUUGUCCUCAUCUUCUGUGUCGGUUCUACUUUAUAUUGAUUGGUCACCCGAACUCUUAAAGAAAUACGAGACGCAUUACCUAGAAAACUUGCCAGAAGUUUUCAAGAGUGGGCAUGGAACAAAGAAAGCUCGUAUUGAACCUCUGUCUUUAUACUCCUGCUUAGAAGCUUUCCUGCGUGAGGAGCCAUUAGUACCUGAAGACAUGUGGUACUGCCCUCAAUGCAAAGAACGAAGGCAAGCAAGUAAAAAGUUGGAUCUUUGGAGGCUUCCUGAGGUGCUCGUGAUCCAUUUAAAAAGGUUCUCAUAUAGCAGGACCGUGAAAAAUAAACUAGAAACAUUUGUCAACUUCCCUCUUCGUGACUUUGACUUGACAAAAUACGUAGCUAACAAAAACAACUCUCAUCCUCAAGUAUAUGAACUUUACGCCUCAGCCAAUCACUACGGCAGCAUGGGAAGCGGGCAUUAUACCGCACAUGUCAAGCUUAUUAACGAGAACAAGUGGUACAACUUUGAUGAUAGCCAUGUUUCAACGGUUUCAGAAGAUGAUGUGAAGUCGAACGCUGCAUACGUUCUAUUCUACAGGAGAGUGAAACCCGAUGAUGCAUUGUUGUCCAACUGACCUCAGUCUUCGGCAGGUCAAAACUUUUCCGUUCGUAAGUUGAUCUCGUAUGCAUGAUUUGCAACAGUUUUUAAUUUACCAUCAGAUCAGAUUUCUGAAUAACUCAAGAAUUACCCAAAAAUUCAGAUUUAUUUGGAGGUUUCUGGGAUUUUUGUCCUCAUUUCCAAUGGAAUUCUUUUAUAUCUUCAUUUUUCUUGAUAAGAUUAGAAAAUAUUACAAGUGCUGGUCAAUUAGAUAUAUUGGAAAUGAACCUCUUGUAUGAUGUUCAAAACCAUUGUAAUCAGUGUUUUCUCAUAUGAUGUGAUGUUGGCAUUUUGC